GUUGACCUGGUCUCUCUGCGGCUUUUUUUUUAAAUUCCUUAGAUUCUGCUUGCUUUUUUUCUUGUAGAGCUGCUGCGAGCGUGAAGUGUUUUUGUACGUCUCCAGGUGCGCGGACGAGCUCUUUUCGGUAAACUUUUUUUUGUUUGUUUUGUUUUUUUUUUGCACAACCUACCUGAGUUGUGUUUGGUCUCUGCGCCUCCACUCCUCUCCACCAUGGAUUUGGUUUGGAUUGUGGGCUUCGUUGUGAGCGUCUGCGCCUGGUUUGCUUCAGCGGAGCGACACAGCGUCUACUGGAACAGCACGAACCCAAAGUUUCUAUGGGACGACUACGCCGUGGAGGUGAAACUCAAUGACUACCUGGACAUCGUCUGCCCUCAUUACCCGCAGGGUGAGGUGCCGCUGCUGGAUGCCGAGCGUUACGUGCUCUACAUGGUGGAGCGCGAGGACUACGAAUCCUGCAAGCCCCAGUCGUACGAUCAGAUGCGCUGGGAGUGCGGCCAUCCGUUUGCUCCUCACGCCCCAGAGAAGUUCUCGGAGAAGUUCCAGCGUUUUACUCCGUUCACUUUAGGAAAGGAGUUCCGCCAAGGAGAAAGCUACUAUUAUAUCUCCAAACCUUUGCACCACCAUGGACAGGAGUGCCUCAGGCUCAGGGUGGACGUUGUAGCUGCUGAUGGCUCUCAAGAGGCCAGAGUGGCUAAAGGAGGCACAGGUGGGGCUGGAGUUGGAGCUGGGGGUGGGGUUCACAACCCGUCCAACAGACUGCCUGCAGCAGAUGACCCAGUUGUGAGACUGCCAGACGUCCAGAAGAGUGUACGGACAAACUCUGCAGCGGCAGCUACAUCCCUCUCAAUUCUCUCAUUGCUAGUCCCGUUUUCAUUACUGCUAUUGUUGCACUGAGAGUACAUGAAAGGACUGCUGUUGGCAGACAUUUUUUCAGGGACUACAAUGAAGACAGUCCGUGGGGAUGAAACCACUGACUCAAAAAGACAGUUUUCAGUGCCCAGUGCUGGCCACAGGGAGAGACUUUCAAAGCAUGUAAAGCGCAGAUGGACUCGCCUGCACUACACGUGCUGAGUGACUCUGAGCAUUUGCAACAAAGAACGUGUGCUCCGUCUUAUUUUUCAAAAGGUGACAGUAUUUUUUUCUUGGAAAGACCCAGCUCUCUUUGAUUUGUAUUUUUUUUAGGGGUCUCUCCAAAACAACAACAAAAAAAACACGAACCUCUUUGGAUGAUAACCCUAGAAGAAAAUAUGAAGAAGCUGAAGAGGAACCUAAAGUGGCCGAGGAACAAUCAAGAGCAAAGACGCCAAUUCUGUGUGAAUUACACAGAUAUACCCACAUUCAAUGGAAAAGUCAUCUCUUACCUUUUGAGCCAAAGAUCAGUCAUCUCUCCAACUUGUACACUAUUCCACCCUUGAGUAUUGUGUACUAUUUGUUGUAUUGUUAUUGUAAUGGUAUUGAGUGGCAUUGAUGUCCCAAGUGAUUACUUUCUCUAAAUGUAGCAUUGGCAGACACAGGGGCUGUUCUCAUGACUACCAUUCCUUUGCAAACUCGACCAUGUGCUUAUAUACUGUAGCACUAAUACUGCACAGUACAGACACACCGACAUACACUGCACAUGUAUAACACACACACACACACACACACACACUCACAUCAGAUGACAUACAGCAACAACAUGAAAAAAACACUACAUUGAACUGUUACGUGUACAUUCUGUGAAGAUAAUUUAUAACAUUUGCAGCUGAGAAGUUUUACUGUAUAUACCAUGUGCUCACGAAGAGAAAUGUUUACCGUUGGCAGCAGGGAGAGCUUUUUCUCGCUCUCCUGGUAGAGUUAGUACUGGCGUGAAAGGGAAAAUGUGUGAGUUGAAGUGAGAGUAAGAAAAUGUGCGCAAGCGAGGGAGCGACUGGAUGAAAGCGUGAUGAGACAGAUUUUUUUUUCUUGCCAAAAGCAAACACUGAGAUGCUGUGUGCAUCGCAGAGAGGCUGGACUUCUCUGCUUGUUGCAUCUUGCCCCUGUAUUGGUUAAACUGUCUGACAUGAAGAGCUGAUAUCAGAUCGUUAUUACUACAGGAGCCCCCAGCCCUGUGCGUCAUGGUGCUUUCCUUCAUGUUUGCAAGCUCCAUUGGGAAAAACAAGCAUAUGCUUCCAAACACAGCGAAGCAAUCAUCUUUUCAGACUUUCAGAACGAUUAGCACAGUUUUGGAUAAUUUGGACAUGUUCUAGUCACCCGUUAAAGACAAGACACGGCAUCAAACCGAGUUGCCAAGCACAUCUUCACCUGACAGGCUGGCUUGAUCAACGAAGCACAACAGUGUAUGACUACCAUUGAAGUCUCUUUUUUUUAUCUGAAUUCUUGUUACCUAAUUUUGUACAUGUGUAAGUAAGAGAGGUGUAUAAUAUGUAUAUAUAUAUAUAUACAUAGAAGAUUAUAUAAAGACCUGUUUGAUAACUAUGCUAAAUGUGAAAAUUUCAUGUGAAAUAAAAAAAAAAGAUAUUUUUGGAAA